AUGGAAACCAGUUCUUCGAACUCACUUGUCAAACAUGAGGCAUAUGAUGGCAGAGGUGUUGCAUACGGUGAUAAUGGACUUAACGGAAAUUUCAAUUAUCCGCCCUUUUCUGUGAAUAUUUCUCAUUUUUAUGGAUCAUCCGGUACCUCACAAAGUCGCCAAAUAGCCUCUAAUAAAGUUUCUGGUUCUAGCUCUAACUCUCCUCAGGAAAACCUCGUUGACGCAAUGGAUCCCUGCCAAAGCGUCUCUUCACUUCAUACGCAGUACGCAAAUCCCUCACCUAUUUUCACACACUCUGGUCAGAUACAACACCCUCAACUUCCCUACGCAUCUGGAUAUCAAUCGCCUGUCCCUAAUUUUCAAAAUUCUCUUUAUCACAGAAAUUGUCCACCUCCUCAUUUUAACCCUCAUAAUUUUCAUACUUACCAAAAUCCUCAGGGACUUGUACAAAAUGUUCAUCUGCAACAACAUCCCCAGCACGUUCACGCAUCCGCGACAUUAUCCCAUUUAACAGCACAUCAAUCAUCAGAGAUACUUGCGCAAUCGUUUGGACAGCCUCGUUCUGUGCACCAAAAUGAACGUGCUCUCUCUUUAUACGCUGAGAUGCAUCAUGCGGGCCUACAACCUCUUCACGUCGCCACCUCCCUUCAUCGCGUUGGAUCGGGCAAUAUGGCCUCUGAUGUUUCUAGCAGAAAUGAUGCAUUAUCUCAUGGAAUCGGAAAGUUAUCACCUAGGGAUGAAUCUCCAUGUGGAAGUAUGCCCGGCAGUAGCGCAGGAAGGCCUGCGAUUGCCUCCCCUUCGAGUGGAGGUAAUUCCGGAAGUGUUUCCCUGGAAGCUACUGGCCCAUCUUCUAGAAUAGAGGGUGGGUCCGAGGUUUCUGUCGCAGACAGCAAUUCAAAUGUUGGCUCAAUCAAAGCAACUUUCACGCCCUGUAAAGUCUGCGGUGAUAAGGCUAGUGGUUACCACUACGGUGUCAUUUCCUGUGAAGGAUGCAAGGUUCCUAACCUUCCUGAGUUUACAAUUAUUAACAAACUUCGUUAA